AUGUACGACAGCAAGAAAUCACCCAAUACAGUGCACAUCGAGGCCUCAGCUGAUGUGACUGUAAUCUCCUACAACUACAAGCUGUACACAGCAGACACCACUGUGGUGUAUCCAACCAAUCAGUGGGGUACAGAAUACUUCAUCUUUACACCUGGUGGAACCCCUCGUGCUACCUAUAAAGAGUUCUCUGUGACAAAUGGAAAAGAGAGCAACAGAGUUGAGAUUUCCCCACAAGGGCAGAUCAAGUUCCAGGGUCGCAUCUAUAGCAAUGGCAAUAAAAUGGUAAUCGAUCUGCAGCCAUACGAGAGCGUCCAGCUCCAGAGUAGCUAUGAACUGACCGGCACCAGAGUUUCCUCCCAGCACCCUGUCGCUGUUUUUACGGGUCACACCUGUACCUGGAAAUUCUCAAAAUGCAACCAUGUUUUUGAGCAGCUAAUGCCAGUAAGCAGCUGGGGAUCCAGCUUCAUUGUGCCCCCCCUGAGCUUCCAGACAAAGUACGAUAGCAUCUACCUCCAAGCCUCCCAGCCCACCAAAAUAACUGUCCAAUAUGGCAACCGUAAAGAGGAUUUCACUUUGACCAGGGGACAGACAAAGGAACUCCGCUCCCAAAGUCCUGAAGCACUCUUCAUUCAGGCUGAUCGUGGCAUCCAGGUUCUCAUGCUCUUUAAUGGUGUCAGACUAAACUGGAUCCAGUGCUACGACCCCUUCCUGAUGACCAUUCUGUCGACAGACCGCUUCUGCUCUUCCUACUCACUAGAAGCUCUGGAGGGUUUUGAAAACAAAGCCCUAAUUGUAACACAAACCAGUGCAAUUGCAGCGGUGCAAAUGGAUGGAGCGAACCUACCUCGUAACAUUCAGUGGAAAAACGUUGCAGGGACAGAUUUCUCUUACGCAGAGAUGUCUUACAAACUAAACCCUCGCAAGAAUAGUAUAGGAGUUACCCAGAAGAACGGCUAUGGUGCCCCAGCACAAUGUAUGCAGCCGGGAUCCCUGUCCUGCAGUAGUAUCACCUGCAGUCCUAAUGAGGUGUGUGAGAUGAAAGGUGACUAUGCCAGCUGCGUCCCCAAGCAGGUGCAACAGAAGCCUGGUACCUGCUGGGCCAUGGGAGACCCUCACUAUCGUACUUUUGAUGGCCGUCGCUAUAACUUCAUGGGCACCUGCACAUAUGUCAUUGCUAAAAAUUGUGGAAAAGAUGAUAAUCUCCCAGCCUUUGAGGUCCUCGCCCAGAACGAGAACAGAGGAAGCCUCAGGGUGUCGUAUGUUGCCCUGGUCACAGUGAAGGUGUAUGGCUUCACCAUCACAAUAGCUCGUUCUGAGACGGGGCGUGUGAGGAUUGACAACAGCCUGUGGAGUUUGCCAAUAACUUUGAACGAUGACAAACUUCACAUGUUUCAAAGCGGUCGCAGUGUUAUCAUUGAGACUGAUUUUGGUCUGAGAGUCAGUUAUGACUGGGAACACUACCUUGUGGUGACUUUGUGUGGCAAAUACGCCGGUAAGACUUGUGGUCUGUGUGGGAACUUCAAUGGAAAUCCCAGUGAUGACUUUACCACACCCUCCGGCACUCAAGUAGGUGGGGCUGUGGCCUUUGGGAGCAGCUGGAAGGUGCCGGGUCUGGUGAAAGAUGAUGCUUGCAGAGAUGACUGUGUGGGUGGCUGUGAGCGCUGUGAAAAUAGCAUGAUGAAAAAGUGGGAGGGAGACAUGUUUUGUGGGCUCAUCACACGUAUAGUAAAUGGGCCAUUUAGCAAAUGUCAUUCCGUCAUUGACCCACAAGCAUACCUGGAGAACUGUAAAUAUGAUGUAUGCAUGGCAGGCGGACUUCGACAUUUCCUUUGCAAGGCACUAGAGGCUUACACUGAAGCCUGCCAGGCUGCUGGGAUCCAGGUUCAAGACUGGAGGGAAAUGGCACGAUGCCCUGCCAAGUGUCCCGCCAACAGUCACUAUGAGCUCUGUGGCAACGCCUGUCCAGCCACUUGUUCUGAUCCCAAUGCUCCAUCCAAAUGCAAACGCCACUGUGUGGAGACCUGCACCUGUAACGCAGGGUUUAUUUUAAGUGGAAGCAAGUGUGUGCCUGCCACUCAGUGCGGUUGUACCUAUGAGGGUCGAUACAUUCCUGCUGGGGAGGAAUUCUGGGCCGACCAAAACUGUGGGCGACGGUGUAAAUGUGUUGCCGGAAGCAGGCGCGUUGAGUGCAAGGAUAAAGGCUGUGGGAUGGGCCAGCAGUGCAAGGUGGUUGAUGGCAUAAGACAGUGCCAGGCAGUGUCCCACAGCACCUGCCAGGCAACAGGUGAUCCCCAUUAUAAGACCUUUGACAAGAAGAGGUUUGACUUUCAGGGCACUUGUGUGUACCAGCUGGUUGCACUCUGCUCCAAGAACCCAGACUUAGUGCCCUUUGAAGUGCUGGUGCAGAAUGACCACCGGGGCAGCAAAGUGGUCUCCUACACCAAGCUAGUAGAGAUCAAGGUGUACUCCCUCAGCAUUGUCAUUACUAAGACACACAGAGGCCUGAUUAUGGUGAAUGGUGAGCUGGUUAACUUGCCCAUCACACUGGAUGAAGGGAAGGUAUCCGUGCAAAGGAGUGGCUGUUACGCGGUUGUCACCACAGAUUUUGGCCUCAGAGUCACCUUCAACUGGGCAAGUGCUGUGUUUGUGACCCUACCAAGCAACUACAUGGGAGCUGUCUGUGGCCUCUGUGGCAACUACAACGGUAAAGCCCAGGAUGACCUGAUUCCAAAGAAUGGCGACAAACCCGUCUCACCAGCAAACUUCGGCGCCAGCUGGCGCGUGGCCGAGAUCCCGGGCUGUGUCGAGGGUUGUAAAGGGGUGUGUCCUGACUGCGACAUUACCCAGAAGGUUAAAUACGAAAAGGGAGAUUUCUGCGGCAUCAUUAGCGACCCCAAAGGGCCUUUCCGUGACUGCCAUUCCAAGGUGGAUCCAGCUGAGUACUUUGAAGAUUGUGUUUAUGAUGUGUGCUUGUAUAACGGCAGGAAGGAUGUGCUGUGUGACAACCUUGGAUCAUACACAUCUGCCUGCCAGGAUGCAGGAGCCAAAGUGUAUAGCUGGAGAACCAGUCAGUUCUGUGCAAUGAAAUGUCUCGCUCACAGCCACUAUGAAAUUUGUUCGACUGCCUGUCCAGCAUCUUGCCAGAGUCUGGCUCCUCCUAAAGGCUGCAAGAAUCACUGUGAGGAGGGCUGCUCCUGUGAUGAAGGAUACAUCCUCAGUGGAGAUAAAUGUGUUCCUUUCUCAGAGUGCGGCUGCAUCCACAACGACCGCUACUACCGCAUCGGCCAAGUCUUUUAUCCCAAUGGGAAGUGUGAGGAGGAGUGCAAGUGUGCUCAAGAUGGGGAGGUUGAGUGCAAGAAGUUCACAUGUGGCCCCAAUGAAAAAUGUAAAAUAGAAAAUGGUGUCCAGAAAUGUCACCCCGUUGGUAAGGGUGUGUGUCAUGCCUCCGGCGACCCGCAUUAUCUAUCCUUUGAUGGGCGAAGGUUUGAUUUCCAGGGCACCUGCACCUACACACUCUCUGAGAGCUGCGGGCUGGAAGGAACCCACCUGGUGGCCUUUUCUGUCCAGGUGGAGAAUGAGAAGUGGGACCGAGUGACGAGCAACAAGGUGGUGUCCGUCACCAAGCUGGUUGCUGUGAAGGUCUAUGGCUACUCGCUUAUCAUGAGGGAAAACAUGUUUGGAGUUCUGGUAAAUGGAGUAUUUAACUACGUCCCUGUGAAUCUCAAUGAUGGAGAGGUGCUGGUCUAUCAGGAAGGCAAUCAUUAUGUUAUUGAAACAAACUUCGGACUGCGGGUCACUUAUGACCUGGUCUACCACGUGACAGUCACAGUACCUGGAAAUUAUCGUGGCAAAGUCUGCGGCCUGUGCGGCAACUUCAACGGUGACCAGAAAGAUGACUUCCAGAUGCCCAACCGUCAGCUCACCAACAACGUGAAUGCGUUUGGAAAAUCCUGGAAGGUCACCAUUCCUAAUGUAGUGUGUGAAAAUGGCUGCGAAGGAAACGACUGUCCUAAAUGUGACCCAGCUCGAAAGGCCGUGUUUUCCAAAUCCACUUAUUGCGGUAUUGUUACAGCACCCAAAGGUCCUUUUGCAGCCUGCUACAGUAUACUGGACCCACAGCCAUACUUUGAUGACUGUGUGUUUGAUGUGUGUGCUUCCAAUGGGGAUGGGAAAGUGCUGUGUAACAGCGUGGCAGCGUAUGCAUUCAACUGUCACAUGGCGGGAGUGGAUGUCAAAAACUGGAGGACGGCCUCCUUCUGUCCCAUGAAAUGCCCCGCCAACAGUCACUAUGAGGUGUGUGCCCAGGCCUGCUCUGCCUCCUGCCCCGGCCUCACAGAGAUUGUGGAAUGCCCCACCAGCUGCACAGAAGGCUGUGAAUGUGAUGCCGGUUUCUUAUUUAAUGGAGAGACGUGUGUCAAGGAGACUGAGUGUGGCUGUUAUGACAAUGGAAGAAGUUACAAGGCUGGCGAAGUUGUGUACGAGGAAGACUGUCGCACAAGGUGCACCUGUGAUCCAGAGAAAGGCCUCAUCUGCGAAAAUCACUCCUGCCCUCAAAGCACCAAAUGCAUGGUGAAGAAAGGAAUCAGGGCAUGUUACAACACAGAUCCUUGCAAAGAUGCCAACUGUCGGGUCAAGGAGUCGUGUCGUGUCGAGAAGGGUGAGGCUGUGUGCAUCCCCACCUACACGGGCGUCUGCUGGGCCUGGGGUGACCCCCACUACCACACGUUUGAUGGCUACAACUACAACUUCCAGGGCACAUGCAAGUACGUCAUCUCCAAAACCUGCGGCAAACUGGAUGGUCUGGUUCCGUUUUCAGUUACUGAGAGGAAUGAUAACCGAGGAAACACGGCAGUUUCCUACGUCAGGGAAGUAGAUGUAUCUGUGUAUGGGUACACCAUCACCAUCCAGAAGAACCAAGUUGGCAGAGUUACGGUGGAUGGAGAGCUGCUGAAUCUUCCUCUGCAACUGGGUGACGGUAAAGUGUCAGUGUUUCUAAGAGGAAACACUGCAGUCGUGGAAACAAACUUCGGCCUGGUUGUCUCCUAUGACUACAACUGGUAUCUCGUCAUCAGGCUUCCCAGCAGCUACUACGGCUUAGUUUGCGGUCUGUGCGGCAACUUCAAUGGUAACAGCCGCGAUGAACUCCAGAAUCCAGCCGGCAAAACGGUUUCUUCAGUGAUCGAGUGGGGCAAGAGCUGGCAAACGCCCGAUCAGGACAAGGACCACCCUUGCUGGGACACCUGUGAGAAAAACUGCCCCACCUGUGACGAUAACAUGCGUAAACUCUAUGAGACUGAAGCUUACUGUGGGGCCCUCACAGCCAAGGUGAACAGUGUGUUCCAGAAAUGCCAUGAAAAAGUGGACCCCCAGGCUUUCAUGGACAAUUGCGUGUAUGAUAUGUGCUUUAAUAAGGGCGAUAAAAAAAUGCUGUGCCAGGCAUUGGAUUCCUACAGUAAGGAGUGUCGCCAGGAGGGAAUAAUAAUCAAGGGCUGGAGGACAAAGUUUGGCUGUCCAAUGAACUGCCAGCGUCACAGCCACUAUGAGGACUGUGCCAGCCCAUGCCAGCCGUCCUGCCCGUUCCCUGAGCAGAAGCAGGUCUGCAAAGGUGCCUGUGUGGAGACCUGUGUGUGCGAUAAGGGUUACGUCCUCAGCGCUGGCGUCUGUGUUCCCGCUAAAUCAUGCGGUUGCUCCUACCAGGGCCGCUACUACAAGCCAGGUGAGCACUUCUGGGCUGAUGAGGCCUGCGGUCGCCUGUGUGAGUGCGACUCGACCCUGGGCAUGGUGAUAUGCCGCGAGGCCUCCUGCUCUGCCAAAGAGAAAUGUACCGUGGUGGAUGGAGUGCGCGCCUGCCGACCCAUCAGCCACGCCACGUGCACGGCCUCGGGCGACCCGCACUAUCGCACCUUCGACGGCCGUAAGUACGACUUCCAAGGCACGUGCGUGUAUCAGCUGGUGGGAUUGUGCUCGCAGCAGCCUGGACUGGUGCCGUUCAAGGUGACUGUGCAGAAUGACCACCGGGGAAGCAAAGCCGUGUCCUACACCAGGACGGUCAAGUUCUCCAUCUAUGAUAUCACUCUCACCAUCAGCAGAGAAUACCCCUACAAGGUCUUGCUUAAUGGGCAGCUCGCUUCACUUCCGCUGGAUUACAACAAUGAGCUGGUUGUGUUCGUCAGCGGCUGGACGGCUGUAGUGGAAACAGUCGCUGGGAUCACCGUGACCUUUGACUGGCGGAGCACGGUGAGCGUUACUCUGCCCAGCAUCUAUGAGGGUGCAGUCUGCGGUCUGUGUGGCAACUACAAUGGGAAAGGUCAGGACGAUCUGACCAUGCGGGAUGGGAAGACCGCCCCUGAUGGAGUCAAGCUGGGGGAGAGCUGGCAGGUGGGAGUCGUACCAGGUUGUUCAGCAGCCUGCCAAGGUGCGUGGUGCAAGGCUUGCUCAGAGUCCCAGAGGAAAGAGUACCAAGCCGUGAGAUACUGUGGCAUUAUUACUGACAAGGCUGGGCCUUUUAGAGACUGUCAUAAGCAUGUGGACCCUGCUCCUUACUUAGAGGACUGUGCUUAUGAUGCUUGUCAAUAUCACGGGCACCAUGGAUCAAUCUGUGAGGCUGUAGAAGUGUAUGUCACUGCCUGUCAGAGCCAAGGGGUCACCAUCUACUCCUGGAGAAGAGACAACUUCUGUCCGAUGAGAUGUCCCGCUAAUAGCCAUUACGCCCUGUGUGCCACCGGUUGCCCAGCCACCUGUGCCAGCUUAACCUCCUUCGCCACCUGCCACAGGCAUUGUGCAGAAGCCUGCGAGUGUGAUCAAGGCUACCUCCUCAGUGGCGAUACCUGUGUGCCUGUUAGAGAAUGUGGAUGCUCCUAUGAUGGUCAUUACUACAAGAAAGACGAUGUCUUCUACCCUGAAGAUAAGUGCGUGGAGCAGUGCGUCUGUGGAGAGAACGGCGCCGUGACUUGCCAAAAGGCCAAGUGCCGUUCAGGAGAAGUCUGUAAGCUUGUGAAUGGAGUGAAAGGCUGCCACCCGGAGGGUCAUGGAAAGUGUGUGGCUUCUGGUGAUCCUCAUUACAUUUCUUUCGAUGGACAGAGGUUUGACUUCCAGGGCACCUGUGUUUAUGUGUUGGCCAAGGUUUGUGAUGAUGACAAAGGUCGUCUGACGCCAUUCGAAGUCACUCAGGGGAAUGAGAAGUAUGGAAAUGGAAAAGUGGCUGUUACCAAGUCAGUUGGGGUGAAAGUCUAUGGUUACAUCAUUUACAUCCAGCAGAGGAUGCCAUGGAGAGUCCUUGUGGAUGAUGAACUCCUAAACCUCCCUGUCUCCCUGGAUAACGGGCGUCUCAGAGUCACCCAAGAAGGCCGCAACAUAAUCGUCCGAACAGUCUUUGGCCUGACUGUCCUCUAUGACACCGUCUACUAUGUUGAGGUGAUUGUUCCUUCUACAUACCAGGGCAAGAUGUGCGGUCUUUGUGGCAACUACAACAAAAACGAUGGCGAUGAUUUCAGACUUCCUAGUGGCAAACAAACAAAGAACGUGGAUGACUUUGGGAAGGCGUGGGUGGUGGACCUGCCUGGGUUUGUGUGUGGCGGCUGUGGAGGACAUUGCCCAGUGUGUGAGCAGGCCAAAGCUACUUUGUACGGAAAAGCCGACUCCUGCGGCAUCAUGAGUGCGCCUAAUGGGCCUUUCAAAGCCUGCCACAGCAAAGUCGACCCAGCGGCAUAUGUGUCUCAUUGUGUGUUUGAUGUGUGUGCUAUGGGUGGCAACAAAGAUACUCUGUGCAACAGCGUGCAGGCCUACGCUCUGGCCUGCCAGGGUGAAGGAGUUCAAAUCCAGACAUGGAGGAGCAGCUCCUUCUGCCCUGCCUCCUGCCCACCACACAGUCACUAUGAGGUGUGCGCUGACACCUGUGGUGGGACGUGUGCCAGCUUUAUCUCUCCAUUCACUUGCACUGAAAGCUGUUUUGAAGGAUGCCAGUGUGACGCCGGCUUUGUUUUUGAUGGCACUAAGUGUGUUGCCUUGGACAACUGUGGGUGUGUGUACAAGGGCAGAUAUCUGACGGUGGGCCAAGCGGCGGUGUGCAAAGAUUGUACGUCCAAGUGUGUGUGCCAGGAGUGUGGGCUAGUAAAGUGUGAGAAGCUGUCCUGCACCAGUGGGGAGGUUUGCAGUGUAAGAGACGGGGUCAGGGGUUGCCAUGUCAAACGGGGUCACUGCACCGUCAGCCCGGUUGGACAUCUGAGCUCCUUUGAUGGCGCGUCUGGAGCCAUAGGAGCACAGGGGGCAUUUGAAGUGGCCAAACUGUGCGAUGACACCUCUGAGUUGUGGUUCCGUGUGGUUGUGGACGUCAGGAUCUGCAGUAAAGGAGCCGCUCCCACUGUUGCCACUGUGUAUGUUUACUUCAAAGAGGCAAUUGUGGCAGUAAACAGUGAAAAAGAAGCCUGGGUAAAUGGCAGAAAAGUGUCUCUUCCCAGCAAAGUGACGAGCGAACUAUUCGUCCAAAUCUCAGAGAGGACUGUGAUCAUCGAGAGGACGUCUGCUGUGCGGGUCACCUACUCCAUCUCUCAGGAGGUCGGCAUCAUUAUUGACAGCAGCCUGUCUGGUAAAAUGUGCGGCGCCUGUGGCAACUACAAUAACAACUCCAAAGAUGAUAUGAGGACCGCAGAUGGGAAAAUCACCACUGAUGUGUCCAUAGUUGUUGCCUCCUGGAGUGCCGGAGACUUUUCUCGAUGCGGCCUGUAGAGAUGUCGGCUCUGCGCUGAUAGCAGCAUCUGGUGCACAGGUAUAAAAAAAACCCCAAGUUGUUUUCCCUUUCUCAAAAAUAUGAACUGGUGUUUGAAACAGCUGUUUACAUCCUUGUGUUUAACCCCUUUUUGCUGAACAGGAUGAAGAAUGUUACAGAUUUUACUCAUUAUGCUUCCUCUUGAUUUACUGGGGGGAAAUGUGUUUUUUUUGUUGUUGUUGUUUCCCAGCGAUCUAGUGCUCUAUUGUUUACUCUGGAGGUGCAGGAACAUGUAGCUCAUUCUUGACCAACAUCUCCAUCUAGUGGAGGAGGGAAAUAUGUUGUCUCCAGCAACGAAUGAAAACAGUCUGGAGUCUCUUAUCUGUCUUGAUAUUCUUUUUAAAUGUGUGUGUCAUAGAAAAUAUGCUCUCGUUGUUGUUCUGACGACUAAAUAAACAUGUUUUCACUACAAA